AUGGCGCAUCGAGUUAUUUUUAUGAUCAGUCGUUUUUCAGAUUUCUACAUCCAAAUCUCCUCCGAGAGCCAAGUUUACAUAGUGCAGCCGGGUUCGAGUCUCAACCUGGAAUGUCAGUUCCAUGCCGACCAUUUCGAUUUGUUUAAUCGACCGAUCAUUUGGACUAAAGACCAAGAUACCGAAACCGGCUUUCCGAUAAAUGUCUUGAGUAACAUCAACAUACCGUUUAAAGAUACCGGUCGAUUUGAGGUAGAGUGCAGACCAAUGCUGCUUAGGUCACGAUUCAAUGUCGAACUUAUCAUUAAAAAUGUAACAUUGGAAGACAUUGGAAAUUAUACGUGUCAGAUAAGCGGUGGAAAUCAUGCCCCGACAUACAGCCCAUACUCGACCACAAAAGCGAACGUGGUGAAGUUUGUGGAGGGUCAGCCACACGGGGUGAGGUGCGUCGUUAAAGGGGGUAUGCCCUUACCCACUGUCACCAUUCACCUUGGUAACCUCGAUAUAACCAACCAGUUUCAGCCUAUUAAAUCAGGUGAGAAGGGCAUGCGCAGACUUCAGAAUAGGGUGGAGCUAACUAAUUAUAACUUCAAGGCCGACCAAUCAGACGACGAGAAGCAGCUCCGAUGCUCCGCCUCCAUUCAGGAGCUGAAACUUCAAAUUCAACAUAAAAUACCGGACUAG